UUUAGAUCAUUAUUUCAUUUUCUCGUCCUCCUCCGGUGUACCAAACAAUCCCUUAAUCCACCAUUCCUCAUUGUACCUUGAAAAGUCAAAAGUCAACUCCUUCCAGCUCAGGCGAUUAAACCCCUUUUCCCUUCCACUCUAUUUGUUUCUCGGCGGAGAGAUCUGCAAACCCUCGUUCUCUCUCUAUUUCAGAUUCCCCCUCUCUCUAUAGAAUCCUCAAAUGGCGGUGCCGGUGGUACGGUUCCCGAUCUUCCCGGCGAUUAGAAUCAUCGGAAUUGCAGUUGCCGCACUCGUUUUGAUAUGGACUGUGCAUUACAGAGGCGGCUUGGCUCUUAUAUCCGAUAAUAAAGAUCUUAUUUUUAACGUUCAUCCUGUAUUAAUGGUGAUUAGCCUUGUGCUUCUUAAUGGAGAAGCCAUGCUGGCAUACAAGACUGUCUCAGGAACUAAAAGCUUAAAAAAAUUAGUCCAUCUUUCCCUACAAUGCAUGGCUUUCUGUCUGAGCAUAAUCGGAGUGUGGGCUGCUUGGAAGUUUCACGUAGACAAAGGAAUCGACAACUUCUAUAGUCUCCACUCAUGGCUCGGCUUAGCCUGUCUUUUCUUGUUCGGAAUUCAGUGGGCUGCUGGAUUUGUAACGUUUUGGUAUCCUGGUGGAUCGAGAAGCAGUAGAGUGAGCCUGAUGCCGUGGCAUGUAUUUAUUGGAAUUUACAUUUAUGCCCUUGCUGUAGCUACCUGCACCACUGGUAUUCUGGAGAAGGUGACAUUUCUUCAGACAAACAAGGUAAUAACGCGCUACUCAGCAGAGGCGUUGAUGGUGAAUUCUUUGGGGGUAUUGCUUGUUGUUUUGGCCGGUUUUGUGAUUCUUGGGGUCGUCUCUCCUGCGAAUGGAAAAGCCGAUAUUCCCAGAUCAACAUCAGAAUAGUUCCCUCAGUGUUUUCUCAUGAACAUAAACGGGCUGGGUCAGGGCGGGCUUACGGGCUAAGAAGACCGAAAAUGAUGAAUAUUUGUUACUUUACAGGAUUGCAAAACCAUAUUAACAGAAAUUAAAUGAAGGCAAAUGGCCAAAGUAUUAUUAGAUAUUUGGGAUUUAUACAGUGGCUUCCAUUUAUUUCUGGAACAUUUUUAGAA